AUGUCGUCCGAAACACAACGAAAAGGCCGACGACAUGGUGCGGGGGUGCGCUCGAACAGAUCAAUAGCGAAGCGCGGUCGUGAAAAGCGCAGCUACGAUCGAGAGAAAAAGGAGAGCUACAAACCGUGCAGUCACGACGGAGUAUGCGACGAGCAAUGCGAGUGCGUAAAGGAUCGCCACUCUUGUGGCAGGUCAUGCUCCUGUCCUCGCGAUUGCCCUAACCGGUUCCAGGGCUGCAACUGCUCGAUUGGGAAUUGCCAUAUUUCUUCGACAUGUGCGUGCUUGAAAGCUGGAAAGGAGUGUGAUCCCGACUACUGCUUCAGCUGCGGAGCCAGCGAUGCCGCCGUGAUGGCAUUCCAUCCCGAGUUCAAGAGCAAAAGCAGCCACGACCUGAACAUCUGCCGCAAUGUGAAUAUGUUGCGCGGCAGUAUUCAGAAGAAGAUUGGCGUUGCUUUCUCUGGGACACAUGGGUGGGGUGCGUACGCUCUUGAGCCGAUCCGGAAGGACGAUUUUGUGUUGGAGUACACUGGAGAACUCAUUACGGACAGGGAGGCAGAGCGGCGAGGGACAACACUCUACGAGCGCAUCGGGGUCAGCUACCUUUUCGGUGUGAACAGUCAGGAAGUGGUUGACGCGGCCAGGAAAGGCAAUAAGGCGAAGUUUGCCAACCAUAAGAAAGGAGAUCCCAACCUGGAUGUACGAAUUUUCUCUUCGAAUGGAGAGGACCGCAUCGGCCUUUUCGCGCGAGAAGCGAUUGAAGUGGGAGGCGAGCUCUUUUUCGACUAUGGCUACUCCGGCGAGACUGCCCCGGAGUGGAGUCAGCGCGACAAAUCACCUCCCGAAAAGCUGGUAUAUGCCGACGACGAGAACGAUGAGUGGGAGUAA